AGAUCUGGACUAACGUCCAUCUACCCUUCAAAGCGAAGACCACAGACAAUAAGUAAAAUAUAAGAACAUAAGAACCCGCAGGAAAGUUGCAUAGUUCUCUCUGGUUGUAAACAUGGCUAAUGGUCUUAGUUCACCAUUGUUGAAGGAAGAGGAGCAAAAUAAUGAUGUUAGUAACCAUGAAGCUAGUGGCAGAGAGAAUAUCAGGUUAACAGACUUGGAUAGUAUUGUUAGUUUUCAACAGAUGAUGAAAGAGAGUUGGACAGAGUCCAAGAAACUGUGGAGAAUUGCAGGGCCUGCAAUUUUUACCAGAUUAUGUUCAUAUUCAAUGAUGUUAAUUACAACAAUAUGUGCAGGACACUUGGGUACUGUUGAAUUGGCAGCUGUGGCAAUUCAAGGCUCUGUUAUUGGACUCCUGGCUUUUGGACUCUUGUUGGGAAUGGGCAGUGCAUUAGAAACCCUCUGUGGUCAGGCCGUUGGAGCACGAAAACUUCAAAUGCUUGGAGUGUAUUUGCAGCGCUCAUGGUUAAUAUUACUGGGUACAGCAGUUCUUUUGAGCUCUAUUUACAUCUUUGCCACCCCACUCCUUAAGCUACUGGGACAGGAGGAUGAUGUAGCUGAUCUAGCGGGAGAAUAUGCACUUUGGAUGCUACCACAGCUGUUUGCUUAUGCAUUAUAUUUCCCAAUGCAAAAGUUUCUUCUGGCACAGAGAAAACUCAUGGUCAUGGCUUUUAUUGCCUUUUCUGCAUUGAUAUUCCAUGGUGUUCUGAGUUGGUUAUUAAUCUUCAAAGUGGGUUUGGGGUUAGUUGGAGCAGCUAUUACAGCAAACAUAUCAUGGUAUCUUAUCAAUAUUAGUCAGUUUUUGUAUAUAGUUUACUCUUGCCCAGAGGCUUGGAAAGGAUUCUCCUGGCUUGCUUUACGUGAUCUAUGGGCUUUUGUUCGACUUUCAGUGGCUUCGGGUGUUAUGCUAUGUUUGGAGAUCUGGUAUAUGAUGUCACUCAUUGUUAUGACGGGUAAUUUGAAAAAUGCAACAAUUGAAGUCGAUGCACUAUCUAUCUGCAUGAAUUUGAAUGGAUGGGAAGCCAUGAUUUUCGUCGGUUUCAAUGCUGCCAUUAGUGUGAGAGUAUCUAAUGAACUGGGAGCUGGUUGCCCUAAAGCUGCAAAAUUUGCCGUCAUCAUCGUGGUUCUAACAUCAUUGUCAUUUGGCCUUAUAUUCAUGGGCAUCAUUCUUGCAACCAAAAAUGAUUUUGCAGUAUUAUUCACGACUAGUAAAGUGGUCAUGGCAACAGUGUCCAAUAUGGCAAUGUUACUUGGAGUCACAAUGGUUUUAAAUAGUGUACAACCAGUGCUAUCAGGUGUGGCUGUAGGUGGAGGUUGGCAAAGUCUGAUAGCCUAUGUAAACAUAGGGUGCUACUAUGUUGUUGGAUUACCCCUUGGCCUUCUUAUGGGAUAUAAGUUCGACCUUGGAGCGAAGGGCAUUUGGACUGGCAUGAUUUGUGGAACAGCCCUCCAGACUGUUAUUUUAGUGUUAAUCACAUAUUUCACUAAUUGGAAUCGAGAGGCUGCUCAAGCUGAGGAUCGUAUCAAACUAUGGGGAGGAUCAGCUGAGUCUUAUACAAAUCGAUCAUUGAAAGGGGAAGAGAACGUUGAGAAUAUUCCUUAGAAAUCUAGAAGAACCGUCUAGGACAACCUUUGGCAAAUAUCUCUGAAAAUAUAUCUUCUAGAAAAUGCUCCAAUAUUCAAACUGCAGCUACAAUUUCGGUAGGCUGACAUGGGACGUGCUCAAGUACAUGAUUAAUCAUGAGGCUGAUUGAUGUUACUUUUUUUACUCUGGUUUUGGUAAAUAUGAAAUAUAAGAAAUUUUUGGUAACACAAUCUAACUGACAAUCGAAAAUAAUAUAAGAUAUAUGUGGAAAAACUCUGCUUUUAUGUAAUAUAAAAAUCAACACUAGAAGAGAGUCAAAAUUAGUAUUAA